UGUCUCUGGUUUAAUGCCAAACCAAUCCUGUCCAGCUCAGUUCUGGCCGAGGCGAUCUCUGCUUGAGCCUGUUCCAGUUCCCGGCCUUUCUGUGCGGCGUCCAGACACAGAGCGGGCUCCAUCCUGCACUCCCUCUGUGAGUCCUUCUGAGAAUCUUCAUUCCGACUCUCUUCAAAGUUAGGGACCCGUCCCUGAGGCUUACUGUGUGAACCCUGGUCUUGUGUUUUCAAACAUACACAGACCCGGGAACUACCAUAAGGAAUUCGCAGUGUUUGGUUUCUCUCUGUCCCAGGAGCCCAGAAUUCCGUGCUGAAAGAAGAUGAAGAUUGCUGUGAUUGGACAGAGUCUGUUUGGUCAAGAGGUGUACAAGGAACUCAAAAAGGCAGGUCACCAGAUUGUUGGAAUAUUCACAAUCCCCGAUAAGGAUGGCAAAGAGGAUCCUCUUGCUGCAGAAGGUGUGAAGGAUGGCACAGCUGUGUUUAAGUACACGCGCUGGCGAGUGAAAGGGAAGGCGAUUCCAGAGGUGGUGAGCGAGUAUUCGAGCCUCGGAGCAGAGCUGAACGUGCUACCUUUCUGCUCCCAGUUCAUCCCGAUGGAAGUGAUUGACUUUCCGAAGCAUGGCUCCAUCAUUUACCACCCGUCCCUGCUGCCCAAGCACAGGGGAGCCUCAGCCAUCAAUUGGACUCUGAUCCAUGGAGACAAGAAAGGAGGGUUCAGUAUUUUCUGGGCAGAUGAUGGCUUGGAUACAGGUCCCAUUCUCAUGCAGAAGGAAUGUGAAGUGUUUCCUGAUGACACCAUUAGCACCCUGUACAACCGAUUUCUUUUCCCCGAAGGAAUUAAAGGCAUGGUGGAGGCAGUGGAGCUGAUUGCCAGCGGCAAUGCCCCAAAAAUCAAACAGCCUUCUGAGGGAGCAACAUACGAGGCAAUUCAGAAGAAAGAAAACGCAAAGAUUAACUGGGAUCAGCCAGCAGAGACCAUUCACAACUGGAUCCGAGGCAACGACAAGGUCCCUGGAGCCUGGUCAGAGGUGAAUGGACAUAAGCUGACCUUUUUUGGUUCGACCUUGAUCAGUAACAGUCCUCCCCAGGGUCAGAUACUGGACAUUCCUGGAGCUCAUGCCCCUGCCAUUGUCAGCAGGAAUGGCCUGGUCCUCUUUGGGAAUGAUGGGAAAAUGCUUUUGGUGAAGAGUCUGCAGUUUGAAGAUGGUAAAAUGAUCCCAGCCUCCAAAUACUUUUCCUCUUCAGAAAGUUCAUCCUUAGAGCUGACUGAGGAGGAGGAAAAAAUCAAGGAGCAACUUCGAGUUAUCUGGAAGGGCAUCCUCACUAAUGUUGUGGAAAUUGUGGAUUCAACUGAUUUCUUCAAGUCAGGAGCAGCCUCGAUGGAUGUGGUCAGGUUGGUGGAGGAGAUCAAACUGAAGUGUGGAGGUCUCCAGCUGCAGAAUGAGGAUGUGUACAUGGCCACCACGUUCGGAGACUUGACACAGACACUGGUGAAGAAACUGCGGGGCGAAGAUGAUGAGGAAGAGCUGCCAAUAGAUUAUAUUGAGUUGAACAUCAAUGACCUGACUCUACGAAUGCCUCACCAAGUCUUCAUCAAUGGGCAGUUUGUCGAUGCAGAAGGAGGGAAGUGGUACAACUCGAUUAAUCCAACAGAUGGCUCUGUGAUCUGCAGAGUCUCCCUGGCUCAGGUAGCUGAUGUUGACAAGGCUGUGGCAGCAGCGAAAGAGGCUUUUGAGGCCGGGGAAUGGGGGAGAAUGAAUCCCAGAGACCGGGGCAGGCUCAUCUACAAACUUGCAGAUUUGAUGGAGCAGCACCAGGAGGAAUUGGCAACAAUUGAAGCCAUUGACUCAGGCGCUGUGUACACUUUGGCGCUAAAGACCCACGUGGGAAUGUCCAUCCAAACAUUCCGCUAUUUCGCUGGAUGGUGCGACAAGAUUCAGGGCUGCACUAUCCCCAUUAACCAAGCUCGGCCCAAUCAUAACUUAACUUUCACUAAGCGGGAGCCAAUUGGUGUGUGUGGGAUUGUCAUUCCCUGGAACUACCCUCUCAUGAUGUUAGCCUGGAAGACUGCAGCCUGCCUAGCUGCUGGAAACACUGUGGUCCUUAAGCCAGCUCAGGUGACUCCUUUGACAGCGUUGAAAUUCGCAGAACUGACCGUGAAGGCUGGAUUCCCUAAGGGUGUCAUAAACAUCUUACCAGGAGCAGGUUCGUUGAUUGGACAGAGAAUAGCUGACCAUCCCGAUGUUAGAAAGCUUGGCUUUACCGGAUCAACCCCAGUCGGCAAACAAAUCAUGAAAAGCUGUGCCUUGGUUAAUGUGAAGAAAGUAUCUCUGGAGCUGGGGGGUAAAUCUCCUCUCAUCAUCUUCAGUGACUGCGACUUAGUCAAAGCUGUGCGUGCGGGAAUGGGGGCUGUGUUUUUCAACAAGGGAGAGAACUGUAUCGCUGCUGGUCGGCUUUUCGUCGAAGAAUCUAUUCAUGAUCAGUUUCUGCAAAAAGUGGUUGAAGAAGUAAAGAAAAUGAAGAUUGGUGACCCUUUGGACAGGUCAACAGACCAUGGACCUCAGAACCAUAAGGCCCACCUGGACAAACUGAUUGAGUAUUGCGCUACAGGGGUGAAGGAAGGGGCCACGCUCGCAUAUGGAGGGAAGCACGUCCCGAGACCGGGGUUUUUCUUUGAACCAACUGUUUUCACUGAUGUACAGGACAAUAUGUUCAUUGCGAAGGAGGAAUCCUUUGGCCCGAUCAUGAUUAUCUCCAAAUUUCAAGAUGGGGAUCUGGAAGGGGUCCUGAGUCGAGCCAAUAACACUGAGUAUGGUUUGGCUUCAGGCGUGUUCACCCGCGAUCUCAGCAAAGCUCUCUACGUCAGUGAGAAGCUACAGGCUGGAACUGUCUUCAUUAACACCUACAACAAAACUGAUGUCGCUGCACCAUUCGGGGGAUUUAAGCAGUCUGGCUUUGGCAAGGAUCUAGGGCAAGAAGCUCUGAAUGAGUACCUGAGGACCAAAACGGUCACCAUUGAAUAUUAGCGAUGGAUUGGAAACAGAAAAAGAAGCAAAACUGUUUGUUCCAGAGACUCUUGUCACUUUCUGAUAAAGGAAUGAAUACCCAGACGAACAUUUGCUAAUAAUCAAUAAUAAUGCAAUUCUAGUGACACCUCUGAUCCCAUUCCCAGAUAUUUGGCCAAUUGGUGGAAACCUGGAAUUAAAUGGAUUGCUCUCUGAAAGGUCCAGAACAGAGUUGAUGGGCUAAAUGACCACUUUCUGUCCAGCGCCAUUCUCUGAGAACUAUUGUUGUUGUUGCCAUCAUUGAUUUAGCUCUGAAUACAAAAUCUUUGGCCUUAGCUCCUCCACACUUGUACAAUCAGCAGAAGACAAUCAUCAUUUAAAUACCAGACAAAGGAGGAAGCCAUGGGGCAGAUUCUAAAGGUGGACAAUAAACAUUGACCCAGCCAGUGACCCUCACAAUUAACUGACAGAUUUUUGAAAAAUGCCCUUGAGCUUUCACUGUGACCCUCUCACCCUCAUUAUACCCUCUCCCACCCUCUCCCAUCAGGCAGGAGAUACAAAAGUUUGAAAACACAUACUAACAGAUUCAAGAACAGCUUCUUCCCUGCUGUUAUCAGGCUCAUCAACUGACUUCUCAUAUUACUGUUAAUCUUUCUCUGCACAGUCUCUGUCUUCUCAAAACUUUUAAACCUUCUCUGUAGCUGUAACGGUAUUAUCUGCAUUCUUUUCUACUACCCUGAUUUACUUAUGUAAGAUGUGAUUUGUCUGGACUCCUCACUGUAUCGCAGUGCAUGUCACAGAAAUAAAUCAAAUAACCUCAAUUUCACUGACACAGCUUCGCUCCAUAUCUCUUGCUGCCCUCUUCCAACAAGAAUCUUGGCAUGUCCAACGUCCACGUAUCUUUGAGAAUUCUUGUUUUCAACUCUCCGUUGUGUGAAGAAUUGCUUCCUGACAUCAGUCCUGCUCAGCUUGGUUUUAAAUUUAAGGUAACAUCAUUUUGUUCUGGCCUCCUGACUCCCAGAACCAAACCCACCACACAUUCUCUCUGUCGAUGCUAUCAACUCUUUAGUUUCUCUUGAACAUCUCAGUUGCACCAUCCUCGUGCUCCAGUCCACUUUCUGCACAUACAUCACCUCCCCCUCCACCUUUAGUCCUCCCUCUCCAGCCACGCCUUCUCUCUCCACAGCUUUAUCUUUCUUGCCCUCCCUCCCCAUACUUUCUGCUCCCGCUCUUCCCCACUCUCUCUUCCUGGAUGGUUCUCCCCUCCCCCCGCCCCCGCGACUCUCUCUCUCUACCUUUGUCCUCCCCGUAGUAUUCCAUACUCACAUGUUCCCUCCCUCCUAUCUGCUGUGAGUGCUUGCUCAGAGCCUAUCAGGUAAAGUCAAAUAAGCACCCCGAUUCCACUCCUCUCUCCUCUCCCUUUCCUCCCCCCUUCCCUCCGCUCCUCUUUCCUCUCCCUUUCCUCCCUUCUUCCCUCCUCUCCCCCUCCCCUCUCUCACCUUUCUUCACCAAACAGGAGUCAAUAGCCUGCACUCUGCUUCCAUUCCCUUCUCCAUCCCAGUGAUCAAGGCUAAUGACUGUAUCCCAAGCCAGAUAUCAGAUUUGAACCUGGGAUCUUCCUACUCAAUGUGACUGAGUGAAUUAUAGAAGCAGACUGUAUGAGGACCCGUCCAGCCAUUUGGCCCAUCGAUCCUGUGCUGCUUGCUCUCCCAGGUAAUGCUCUCAGACUUGAAUUAUGUGAUUUCAUUUCAACCCUUGGAUCUUACCCAAUGUGGAGCCCAGGAAUGUACCAAUUGGGAUCCAGUCAUAUUCACUGGACAAGAGGUCAUCCACUGGAGAAAGGACAGUGAUUGGAUGGUCAGACAAUCCCUUGCUAUACCUGGCCAUUUGUACCUCUCAGAGGAUUCUCGGAGAUCCCUGGUGUGAAUCAGAUGAUUUGCAAAUCCGUUUUCACCCCGACCUGCAGAACCAUGCUCCCUUUUGCACUGCACAGUCCCUGUCGAUGAUUUUUACGUGAUGUUCAAUAGUUUGGUAAUAAAUGUAGUUUAAUUAGA